GUAUUUAUUCGAUCAUUCUAAUCAUGAUUUCAUUUCUGAACCAUAUAAACCCGUCGGCCAUACAGGUCGGGUCAUCCCUGGGAAUACGUAUAUAAUCGGAUCAUAAGUUUGGGGUAUUUCAAAAUCGCUCUUACAAGCUCCCCCAAUGUUCGAAACCUAGGGUUUCAUUCAAGUGUAAGUCAUUUCCCAUCUCUCUCCAAUUAAACUAUACAUACAUAUCUUUGUAUCUAUCAAUGUCAGAUUACAUACCUCAGGAGCUCUUACAUGAAAUCCUCAUUAAAUUACCUGUCGAAUCUCUUGUUCGUUUCACUAUUGUUUGCAAAUCUUGGUACUCUAUAAUCACUGAUCCACAAUUCGUUAAUUUACAAUGCAAUUAUGCUAAUUUGAACGAGAAUAAGAAACCCCUUUUGGUUAGAUUUUAUGAUAGGGUUGUGAAAGAAGAGAAUUAUACCAUUCGUUGCGAUGAUGAGACAUUUUCGGAGGAAUUUACGAGGGUCGAGUUUCCAUUUAAGAGCCCACUUGGGUAUUUUAGGAUUGUUGGGAUUUGUAAUGGGUUAGUGUGUUUGUCGGAUGAUUUGUUUGGGGAUACGGAGAGGGUGAUUUUGUGGAACCCAGCGGUUAGAAAGUCGGUUGAUAUAGAAAUGCCUGUUAGGCCGAAGUAUCCACAUAUGUUUGUUCUUGGUUUUGGGAAUUGUCCUGUGACGAAUGAUCACAAAGUGGUGAGAGUUGUUUAUCUUAAAGAUUCGUCGCUAAAUUUUACGGUGCCUCCUGAAGUUCAGGUUUACUCUUUAAGUACUGGUUCUUGGAGGGAUGUUAAUGCUGGAGCUCCUCUGAGUUAUAUGGUUGAAUAUACUUGGUCCCAGGUUUUUGUUUCUGGCUGUGUUCAUUGGCUUGCGUAUCGUAAGCAAGGGGAAAGUGGUUCUCGUAAUUUGUUAGUUUCAUUUCAUAUGGGAGAUGAAGUGUUUGGUGAGGUGAUGCUACCAGAUUCAUUGGCUAAUGAUAUUGUGUAUGACAUGUCUGUUAGCAUAUGCGGGGAUUCUCUUGCUGCACUUAAAUACAAUAAGGAAAUUGGACAAGAGUCAUGUGUUGUAUGGGUGAUGAGAGAGUAUGGAGUUUCUGAGUCAUGGACUAAGUUAUACACUAUUCGUGUGCCAGAGACGUUGACAAGAACGAUAGGCUUUAGGAAGGACGGUGAAGUUGUAUUAUCAUUAUGUAAUAAUGAGCUAGUUUCUUAUGAUCCGGUAACUGGUCAGAUAAAGGGCCUAGGUAUCACUGGAAAUAUACGGUCGUUUUUUGUUGGUAAUUACGUGGAAAGCCUAGUUUUGCUGAAAGGACAAAGUAGCCUCAGAGAAGGUAUCCCAAACCUUUUUGCUGCUGGUGCAACAGAAAAUGCUGUUAUAGCAGAGCAAUAAUAAUUUUGGAAGAUAAUGCUGAGAAGACAAAGUAGGCAAGGUUCAAUAAAUGGAAAUCUCGGUAUUCAAGUCUGAUGGAGUUUCGACGGGAAGGCUAAUGGGCAACAAAUUGAUAGAGGCAUAGAGCCUCUCUUCUCCUUUUACUUGUAGUGCAACUAUUAUCUCAUCAGUCAUUUUAUUCAUUUUGAUUUUCCGACUUGUUUCUUUAGCAGCAUAACAGUUCUAUGUAAUGGCGUAAAAUUGUACUGAUAUAAAUUUUUUUAUAUGGGAAACUCAUAAUCUUUUAAGC